GCAAUUUUCGAGGAUCCUUCUGCACAAAAGCAAUUAGAGCACAUUACUUCAGAAAUUGAAUCGCAUAUGGAAAUUACAAAGCUUGCGCAUCCAACGGCAGUGACUCCAAUACCAGGUUCUGGUGAAGCUAUCACUGAAACUUCUGUUGCCCAGGACAAUGGAAUUAUAACGGGGGUUGUUCCUGAGGCGCCAACAGAGCCUGCGCUUGCCGAACUUGCUGCUCCUUCGCAGCCCAUCAUUUCAUUACCUAUAGUCUCGGUCUCUGGGGCGCAUGGUGGAAAACGCAAACGCAGACUAGUUAUCGAUGAACAGAAGUCAAUACCCAGUGAGGUAAUGAAAAUACAGAUGCAAGAUACAUCCGACAUAACUACUCAACUUGAUCUGGCUCCACCUACCAAAAAGCUAAUGUUUUGGAAAGAGACCGGGAGCGUUGAUAAACUUUUUAGCCUGCCUGGAAAAGCCAUUCCUUCUCGUAUCCUACAACGCCUAUUCACUCGAAAUCUCAUCACACUUACUAUCCCGGAUGACUCUCCUGAUGAACAACAGUCAUACUUGUGUGUUAACUUGCAGGCUUCUUUCAUAAAUCGGACUACCAAUGCUCGAAUUCAAAAACUCAAGCAAAUGCCCGCCGAGCAACCCCAGAAUUCUGAUUAUGAUCAAAAUCUAAUGCCUCCACCUCCCACUCCAAGACCUGUUCCAGAAAAUCAACAACCUCACGUUCUUAGUGAUAUUAGUGAGCAAACCGAAAGAACGAGUUCCCUCCAAACGGAAAGUAAAGAUAUAGGUUAG